AUGUCAAGCAAUUCGAGUUAUCGGAAUGGAUCCCACUCACGUUCUUUUUACCCUUCUCUUGCUUCCAUAAGCUCUUCAGACUCGGGCCAGCUAUAUGGAUCAUCCAGGGACAUGGCUCCUCCUCCUUUGGAGUUUCCACCACGGCCAGUGGAGAUUGACAUUGAUCUGAGUAGCUCAAGAACGUUGCCGAGUCCGUCGGCAUCAGGAUCCAAUACCUGGGAUCCCAUUUUGCAGCCGCAUGGAUUUGGAGAUGGUCCCUAUGGAUCCUCAAAUAUGUCCAGAAUACAUGGUUUGUCUGUUGAUUGCCAGCCCCGUGGUCCAACUCAGGAUCCGCUUUAUCAAUGGUACGAGGGCAAUGAUGGGCCUUGGAUCCCCAAGGUCAUCCCAGAGAUCGCAUCGGAAGAAAAAGUCCAUGCAAGACAAAUAGGUAACCGUAAUACAAUUUCCUAUGGGAAUCAGUAUCGACAGCCAAAUCCCUCCGAUGCAGGAUCAGUUCAGUUUGGAGUUUCACAUUCAGAUUCUGGGUAUGGAACCAGACGUAGUGUUGGUAACACCUCAGUGUUUAGCGCCGAUGUUACGGAACGAGACCAGGACUGCCAAAGCUUAGCAGGCCAUGUUGAGAAUUUUCAACCUUUCAACGGAUUCAACGACUCAGUGCAGCAACGUGAUUCUAGGAAUAAUGAAUCUUGGACUCCUCCUGCUCCAACAUCAACAGGAUCUAAUCCCCCUAGUCUGGUCUGUCCAACAUGCCAUAACCUAGUUAAAACCCAAUCCGAACUAAAGAAACACGACUUGCGGCACAGGAAACCCUUCAAGUGCACGGUUGCAGGAUGCCUACGGAUCGAGGGAUUCAGUACGACAAACGACCUGGAUAGACAUACGAAGAGCAAACAUCCCGCUACUAUCUCGGAGUCAGUCCCAACAAAGAUGUAUCGAUGUCACGUUAUAGGAUGCAAAUCCAAGGAGAAGACUUGGCCACGUCUGGAUAACUUUAGGAGCCAUCUGCAGCGAGUCCAUAGCCAACAACUGCUCACAGACGAGGAUUUCGAUGGCAUGAUAAGACGCGCAGAAUUCUGGAAGAAAGCGACACUCGACGUCGAUCAAGAUAACCUGUUUUCUCAACAACCUUUCCAAAAUCUUCCCAGAGCAGCAGGACCGUCUGCCAAUGAUAACUUUGCAAAUUUCCGGAGAGCCGAGCCUGAAUGGAAAGGUUUUUAUCCCGACGUUCUAACUCCCACGGAACCUCCAGCCAUGGCACCCGUAGCUUCUAUAGCCCCCAUACUUCCCCAAUUGGAUAAGUUUGAGACCAAGCGUGUGCCUCCGGAUGACAGGGUUCCUCUCCCUGAGCCAUCUCAUCCUAGCACGGUGCAACCCUUGGAUGUUUUUCAGCCCCCAACCGGAGUCGGUGGAAACAUGUGCCCAUUGGAACGUGUUCUGGCUCCAGCGGGCAACACUGAUUCAGCAAUUUUAAUUAAUGAUGACCCUAGCCCUAAACCUAAACGGGACUCAAAAUCUCAAGGUAAGGCUACAAGGCAGAAUGAAGUCUCAGCCGCAGAAGAAGCCCUUACCAAAGUGAUCCGAAAUGCAUUGUCCGGCGCAAUCAGUACUGAUCUGUCCAAUGAUCAUACUCAUACCCAGGGCAUGAAGCGAAACAGCCUGCCUAAUGCAAGGAGCGCAUCUAAAAAUUCAUGGCAUUCAACUCCACAUGAGGCUCAUCUUCCCACAAACGGGACCAUCUCUCAUAUUAAUCUUGUAGACUCUCCAUCGCCAGACAGAGAGAUCCACGAGUCUCAAGUACAAAAGGUGGUGAAGACCAUUCUCGACGCAGGAUACAAAUUCCAAACCGGACGGAGUACUUCACCGAAGAUACAGAACCUUGGGUCUGCGGCCAGCAAUAAGAGUGAUAACCAAGUUACGUGUCUGGUGUGCAAGAAAUUUAAAGGUCGUCCUUGCGAGUUGAGAAAACACAUGAAGCGGCACGAGAGGCCUUAUGGCUGCACGUUCUUGACGUGCAACAAGACCUUUGGCAGCAAGAACGACUGGAAGCGCCACGAGAACUCUCAGCAUUUCCAGCUAGAGACAUGGCGAUGCGAUGAGGAGCGACCCGAAGGAGGAGGCUGCGCCAAGGUCUGUUACCGCAAGCAGACCUUCCAAGAGCAUCUUGGCAAAGAGCACCAUAUAUCUGAUGAGGAGGCUGUCAAGAACAAGCUCGAAGCCUGUCGCAUCGGCCGUAAUUGCCAGGCCCGUUUCUGGUGUGGAUUCUGCACCAAGCUCGUGGAGCUCAAGAAGAAAGGAAUGGACGCGUGGACCGAGCGCUUCGAUCAUAUUGAUUACCACUUUAUGGGACGCCAUAACUUCCUCAAGCAAGGUAUCCAGGAUUGGAUUCCCGUAGAUAGUGACAAACCGAAAGGAGAUGUUAAUUUGGAUGCCCCAGCCGGGAACGACGGUCAUAAUUCUGGUCCCGACGUCUCGGGUUCUGGGUCUUUGAUUGGAGUAUCAAGCGCCUCUGCGGGUGCGGCUGGUGGAUCUCCAGCUGAUGCGAUAAUCCUGGGGGACCCUCCCCGCAGCCCGAAAAGAAAGCACAGCAGCGGGGAUGAAAAUAGCCGCCCGCAAAAACAACACAAAACAGCCACAAACGUGGAAACUACGAUAUAUUGUGUAAGCCUCCGCUCUGUAUCGGAUACUUGUGGAUCCGCUAAUAUACGCAUAGUGCCAAUGCCGCGUGGGACAUAA